ACCAUCAGACCCCUCCCUCCCACCUUUCUUGCCAUCUGCCUGUCGACGGGGGACUAGGCAACGACUACCUGGGACCCCUGGGUAUACAUCGCCUCGAAACUCCGUAAAAGCAAGCCCGAUCGCUCGGCGAUCAGCAGCACGCCCGCUCGACUCGGCAAGGCAACCACACCAUUAUGUCGCUGUUCAAUCGCGACCAGCCGCAGCAGGGCUACAACCCGUACGCGCAGCAGCCACUAUACCCCCAGCUUCCCGGCCGGCCAAACCAGCCGCCAACAACUCCAGGACAGCCUGGCGCGCUCGUUGCGCCGCAGGGGCCGACGUCUGGCGGGCACCCGAACCCGUUCCACCUCCCCUCGCUCCCUCACCUGCACCUGCACCACCACCCGUCUCAGCCGCCUGCCCCCGCGCCCGCACCAGCACCGUACACGUUCGGUUCGUCAGGCCUUGGCGGCGGCUGGGGAUCCCGGGCCACGGCGGGCGCGUACGCCGCCGCGGGUUACGCCCCGGCAUCAGCCUCCCAGCUCCAGCAGCCCCAGCAGCUCGAGACGGUCGGCAAGGACGAGGAUCCAGUGUAUGGCCCGUUGAGCCGUGCGCGCGGCAAGAUUGACCGCGCCAUUGUCAGUGACAAUGAGAUCUCGCCCGACCUUGCCGAGCAGUUCGCGCCAACUAGCGAGCCGCCAUACCUGCCCCCGCCUACGCAGACGAACGCGUUCCGCACCGCGCGCAUCACCAAGACGACGCCGCUCCCGGAUGCGCUCCACCAGGAGCUGAACUACAAGCACCUGACUGCGCGCAUGGGCCUGUUCGAGGAGAUUGAGCGUGCCUGGUUUGCUGUGGACAACAAGCUCUUCUUGUGGAACUACAACGACGGCCGGGACUUCAGCAGAUAUGACCAGCAGACGGACACUAUCCAGACUGUCGGCCUCGUGCGUGCGCGCAAGGACGUGUUUGUCGACGACAUUACCCACCUGUUGGUCAUUUGCACCGCGACCAAGAUUACCCUCCUCGGCUUGUCUCGCUCGGACAAGGGUGAGCUUUCGCUGUAUGCGACCAACUUGAGCACCGACACCUCGACUGGCUUCCUUGACAUUCGCGGCACCGACUCUGGUCGCAUCUUCCUCCUCGGCGUGGACAAGGACCUGUACGAGCUCGAGUACAGCACGGGUGGUGGCUGGCUCUCAGGUGGCUCCAAGGCAUGGCUUUCGAAUCGCUCCAGCGGCUACUUAAGCACUUGGGUCCCCUCGGUCUUCUCAUCCGCCAACCGUGAGGGUGUCGAGUCGUUUGUGCUCGACCCUCAGCAGGGCAGAUUGUUCGCGCUCCACACAAAGGGCGAGAUCGAGUACAUCGACGUCCAGGCUUCGCGGUUCGAGUCGCGCGCCAGAUAUGUUGCGUUGAGGAACGACUUCCAGCGCCUCGGCUACGGUGGUGCGGCACCAGGUUAUGCGGGCGCCAAGGUCGUCUCAAUAGCCAUCGUCGGCGCCGAGGAGAGCAAGAAGGCGUGGGUGGUUGCCAUCUCGGCGAGCGGAGCCCGUGCGUACCUCGGAACCGCGGCGUUCUACAGUCAAUAUGCGACCACUGCGUCUCUCCAGGUUCUCGGCCACCGCCCCCCACCACCCGAGACGACCAAGGCCGACGCACAGUCGUUCUACUCGUCCGGCACCUUCAUCGGGGUGCACUAUUCCCAGUCGCCCACGCCCACCGCCCGCCUCACGUUUGUUACCCCCGCUCCCGGUCGCCAGUCGUCAGUGCGCGAGAACUACGAAACCUUCCACCUUCCCGCGCUUCAGGAGUGGUCGUCGGUCGACACGGUGCCCAGCCAGGUUUGGACGAUUGCCGAGGUCGCGGCGACCAACCCGUCCAGGUCACCUCCCGCACUGUGCAGAGAUGAUGGCAUCGCUCUCUCCGCCCUCCCCCGCCAGACCACGGCCUAUGCCCGCCAGUUCCUCAUCCUUACCCCUAGCGGCAUAUUCUGGGCCGUCCAGCCCCGCCCGAUCGACAUGCUCGAGGCCGACAUUGGCCUCGAAAAGGACACGGGCAUUCACGCUGGACGGGCAGCAUUUGGUCGUGUCCAGCUUGCCUCCAUGGGCGUGCAGAUGGGAGCCAAUGCCGACAAGAACAAGCAGUCUGACCUCAUUUCCAUUUCCAACAACAUCUUGCUGGUGUCCGAGCCACCUGUGAUCCGCCAGGCAUCCAACGGCGCGCGCUCCAUUGUGUACUCUGCUCGUCACGAUGGUCUCGCCCUGAUUCUUGGCCGUCUUCUGCGCCCCAUCUGGAACGCAAAGGUUGUCGUCCCUGCUGGCCCCAAGAAGUUCAAGCUAGGCGUCACGGACAAGGGCCUCCACGAGGUCCAGGGCCGUCUCGCAGACCUGCGCCGCUUCACCGAGGACCACCCCUUCCCUCGUCACCAGGCUGAAGGUGACGCCAAGCUUGCCUGGGACCAGGAGGAGCUGUCUCUCCAUGGCCUGCAAGUCCUUCUCAAGCAGGCCAUCGAGGCCAUUUCGUUUGUUCUCCUGCUCAACGACUACAAGCUGCCCGACGUUAUCGCCAAGUGCAACCCAUCGACGCAGUCUACGCUCGCGAGCCUCACCUUCCAGGGUCUCCUCACGAGCCAGGGUGGCCGCGACACUGCGCGUCAUCUGGUGACGGCGCUCAUCGAGUUGCAGAUUGGCCAGGAGCUGGGCAUCGACACCCUCAGUGCCAUCCUUCAGGAGCGCUGCGGAACAUUUGUGCAGUCUGGCGACGUUGUUCUUUACAAGGCGGAGGAGAGCCUCCGCCGUGCCGAAAACACGCGUGAUGCCAUCGAGCGCCAGGAGAACCUCUCCGAGUCGCUCGACCUGUUCACUCGCGCCUCGUCGAGCGCCGCCGCUGCCGUCUUCCCCCGCCUUCCUGACGCGACUCGCCGGUACCGUACGCUCAACGACGUGCGCGGAACCAUCGAGCUGCCGCUCCGUGUCGCCACCGACAUUGACCCCGACGACAAGGCUGGCGACUUUGUGCGCGAUGGCCGAAACCCGGGUGACCCGCGUGCCGCGUUCCUCCAGCAGCGCCAGGAGUGCUACCAGCUCGUGGUCGAGGCCCUCAACAGCUAUGACGAGAAGCUCGACAAGGCUGUUGCCGCCGGCAACCCUUCGGCCGCCGUCAAUGUCAGAGACCAGGCUUACGCCUUUGCCAUCGCCUCGGACGACGAGUUGUUCCACUUCUACCUUUAUGACUGGACCAUUGAGAUGAACCGCGCGGACCAGCUUCUUGAGUUUGACACGCCAUUCAUUGAGCGAUACCUCCAGAUCACCGAGUCCAACGUCCCCGAGCGCCGCGACCUGCUUUGGAAGUACUACGCGCGGAGGGAAGAGUUCCUUAAGGCUUCCAAGGCCCUGCACGACCUCGCGACGAGACCUAGUGACUUGGGAUUGCAGGAGCGCGUCUACUACCUUGCGCAGGCUCUGGCCAACGCCAAGUCGGCCAUGUCGAUUGGAUCGGAGGACGUCGAGUUCACAACGGCGUUGCAGGAGCGCAUCGAUGUCGCCCAGGUUCAGCUGGAGGUCGUCGGCGCCGUCGAGGGCCACCUGGACAUGGACCGGGGGGAGAAGAACAGCGUGCUUGAGCACCUCAACAGCGAGUUGAUGACCCUGGACGACCUGUACCUGCAAUACGCUAGACCGCUUCGUCUGUACGAACCGAUUCUCCUCAUCCUCAAGACGGCCGACACGCGCAUCGAGGACGUUUGCGAGGCGGUGUGGAGGGAGCUCAUCGCCGAGCGAUCACAGGACACUCCCCUGGACGCCGCUGUCGGCGAGCUUGUCACCGACUUGUGCCGGAAGUACUACCCCUCGGAGGCUGCGCCAUCCGACAUUGUGCUCCCUGUCGUGUACGGUGAGGCCGCGCCUCACCGCGCCGCCACCGAGGCCGGUUGGGCAUCGAAGGCGCUCCUGGCUGGCGGUGUUGGCUUGCGGGAUCUGUGGGACGCUGUCGUCGCGCUGCACGACGAGGCCGUCGACUACCGCGAGUACUAUGCCGAGGAGGCGGCCACGCUCAUCACCGUGUGGCUCGACAACAAGACUGGUCUUCCCCCCGCCGACGUCGAGCAGUUUGCUUCGGCGUACAUGUUGCGGACGAACGGUGUUCAGCUGGACCAGCGCCUGAGCGACACACGCAACACCAUGUCGAAGGCCAAGAAUACCGCGGGACAGUUUUAGGGGGGUAAUGGUGAGAGGGAGGAGUAGCAAACCAUAGAGGCGUGUUUGGUUGAAGCAUUCUACAUAUGAUAUCUGAUGCAUU